AUGGGAAAUUUCGCUGAUGGCGAUGACGACGAAUUUUUUGAUGAUGAAGAUGAUGGGGGAGAUGAUCUAAGCGACUUUGAUGAUGAAGAUGAGUUUGAAGAUGAUUAUCCAACAUCUUCUGGCCGAAGCCAUGGGGGUCAUGGACAUCAUUCGCACUAUAGUAGUAUUUCUAUGGCUGGUGAUUGUAAUGUCUCUGGGAAUGGCUACAGUGGUCAAGGAAGUAGCUCCGAUUUGAGCCGACAUCGAAGCAUAAGUGAAAGCAGUCAACAUGGGCUGGAGCAAGAGGACAAUCGUCGUGAUCAUCACAAUCAAUUGGAGCGUAAGCGUCGGGCGAGCAUCAAGGGCAGUUAUAAUGAACUACGUGAUGCUAUUCCAGACCUUCGUGGAUCAAAAGCUUCUCGUGUCACCAUUUUGCAACAUGCUGUUGAGUUGAUCGAGAGUAUAACUAAGGAAAAUCAAGACUACACCGAAUGCGUUGAAACGCUUGCACCUUCCCCAUUCAUAUAUUAUUCCAAAUCUCCACACAUUUUCCAGUGUCAGGAGUUGGAACGCGCUCUUCAGCGCUCUGAGCAAGAAGAGUCACUAGCUGAGCAGCAAGCAGCUUUGUUAGCAGUCUCCUCUCAUCCAACUGCUACUUUGGCUGGCAAUGGUAGCAGCUUUAUUACUGGCUCCUCAGCGUCUGGCAGCAUAGUAAGUACGGCUGCCUCUGGACUCUGUAGUUUUCGCGUGUUGCAUCAGCAGCCCCAAUCGUCAAUACCUCAUUCACAGGGACAAAUAAUCCUGCAUCACGCGCAUCAACCUCAGCUCCAUCAGUUAUCUCAUUCGGCCCCUGGGCACCAUUCUCUCGGGAGUCAAGUCCGAAAAGCCAUGCUUGUUUAG